AUGGAAAAAGAAACACCUAGGAAACGAACACAACGAUGCUUCUCGCCGUCACUCCUAACCGAACCAACGCCCCAGCCUGCAGACAUAUCCGAACCCUGGAUGCCGAAUCUCUCGCAAAGUCUUCAAGCUCCAGAUCUAAUGGCACCAUUCAUGUUGCCUACCCCCUAUUGGCCCUUUGGUGGUCUGUCCAAGCUUGAUCAGAUGACCAGCGCAGCCGCAACAGCAAUGCGGCAAUUAGUGACGCAGCAGAUAUCCGACCGCAAGACCACCGAACAAUCGGACUCUCGAGCUCGAUCCUCUACCACCGGCUUUUCCGCUUCCCAGUUGGCGGCGCCAACAUUUGAUACACAAAACCGCCUCCCUUCCAUCCCUCCACCUGGUCCACCGAUCUCCUCAACCUCAUUGACCGCUGCACUGUCAGCCUGGUAUGGUCAACAGACAUCUCAUUCGCCUGCUGGAAUGUCCCAAUUCCCUCCUGAUAGCUCUAUUGGAGAUCAUUGUGCUUCUCCACAAUUGCAUCCACCGCCGCCCCCACCACCACCGCCACCUCCGUCUCAGCACACAGUGCCUCCUCAUAAUCCCAACCUCUUUAGAUCAAUGCUUUCUGCGGCGAUGAGUCAACAACAAAAGGAAUCUGGGGACCUUGCAAAUAAUUUUACCAUGGAGGGAGCAAACGCCUCUUCUACUGGAUCAUCCUCCGCCACCUCCUCCUCCUCAACAUCCUCAUCCCUUGCAGCCAUGAUGGCUGCUGCAGCUGUGGCCAUGGCGGGCCUCUGCAGGAAUCAAACGGUUCCACCCUUCCCAGGAAUGGCUGAUACAGAACCGUCAGCCUUCCAAAUCCCGGAAAGCCAAUCAAAUGGCGAGAAUACUGGGCUCAAUCUUUCAACAGCAGGGGAAGAGUCGUUUGCAGAGGAGCAUACGUCAGCUUCGGCAUCCGCGGCAGUGAUGGAUGAUAUUGAUGAUGAAGAUAUAUUUCUUCGACAUAUAGAAAAGGGUGGAUUGCCACGUCGUCGCAAACUGCAUCGGAAGCGGGAUGCGGAGAUAAGAGGAUUGGGAAAUAAGAGCGAGACAUAUGAGUCUCGUCUUCAACAUCACAGUCUCCAUCAUCAUCAACAACAACAACAACAGCAGCAACAGAAGUCAUCACGUAAGUGUUACUCGAAGACCAAUUGGCUAUUUAUUGUUAUAGUGUGUGAGCUAUUCAACAUGUUUUUCGCCCCAAGUCAGUUGAGUUUCCUGGCCAAGCAGGUUGACUUGACAGGUGAGUAG